CCUUCCCAACUUGGAAUGGUUCUUGAGAUUAGAUUGUCACUUCUGCUAGAAGAGAAAUUGAAAGGAUGAACAUGGAAUUACAUCCUGACUUGGUCUAAAGUGGCUGUCAAGAAUUCCACCAAUUCUGUGGAAUGGAUGGAUAAAAAGUACUUCAAAAUGGAAUAAAGAAAGGCUCUUGAAUAGUUUCCAUAGUAUCGUAGUCAUAGACCAAUUAGAAACAUUUCUUCACCGUCAAUGUGGGAAUCCUUUGUUCUCCUACUCGCUUGCAGCUUUGGGGUUUGUAUUGCGUUAGAUACCAUUACCAUCACUCAGCCUAUCCAAGACUCUGAAACUAUAGUUUCCGCUGGGCAAAAAUUCAAAUUAGGAUUCUUUAGUCCUGAAAACAGUAGUGAUCGCUAUGUUGGAAUAAUGUAUAACCUACCUGGAACAGCCAUUAUAUGGGUGGCUAAUAGAGAGAGACCUCUGAAUGAUUCCAGGGGAACCGUGGUAAUCCUGGAAGAUGGAAAUCUUGCUGUCAUAAAUGGAGUGAAGGACAUGCUAUGGUCUACUAAUGUUUCAAGUUCUUCGGCGAAUUCUAGUGCACAACUCCUGGAUACUGGGAACCUGGUCUUGACAGACGAGUCAAACGGGAGAAUCAAGUGGGAAAGUUUUGAGCAUCCUACAGACUGUUUUUUGCAAUACUCGAAAUUAGGUGCUAGUACAACAGGGUCGAUCAAAAUAACCUCAUGGAGAAGCCCUUCAGAUCCUUCUGUUGGAACUUUCUCUGCAGGUCUCAGCCUCUCACAAAUUCCCCAACUCUUUGUUUGGAAUAAUAGUAGCCCUUACUGGCGGAGUGGCCCAUGGAGUGGUACCGCGUUUAUUGGGAUAGCCGGCAUGGCUUCUGCAAAUUAUCAAGUAAUGGAUGUGUUGAAAGACAAUUCCGGAUCUCCAUAUGUCACUUAUAACUAUGUUGAUACUCCUUUUUUUUACUAUCUGUUGAGUUCAUCAGGGCAUAUACGGUCAAUGUUUUCAAGUGGAAAAGGAGACUGGACCAUAAACUGGUCAAGUCAACUGAGCCAAUGUGAUGUUUAUGGAAAAUGUGGACCUUAUGGGAGCUGUAAUCCUAAGGGUUACCCAAUCUGCACAUGUCUGCCAGGUUUCAAGCCAAGCGAUCAGGAGGAAUGGAAUCAAGGAAACUGGACAGGUGGUUGCAUAAGAAAAGAAUUGCUGCAAUGUCAGAGAAAUGAAUCUGCCAGUAGAGAGGACAACCAAGAUGGAUUCAUGAAUCUUACACACAUGAAAGUUCCUGAUUUUGCUGAGCCAAUGGCAAUUACAGAACAAGAAUGUCGUAAAAACUGCUUAGACAAUUGCUCAUGCACAGCUUAUGCAUUUUAUGUUGGCAUAGGAUGCAUGCAAUGGAGUGGCAUUUUGAUCGAUUCAGAGCAGCUUCCCUUAGAUGGGACAAACUUAUAUAUUCGGGUACCAAAUUCUGAACACGAUACGAAAAGGGGUUUCAAAGUUGCAAUUGCAAGCACAGUGUCUGCAGCAGCUGUACUCCUUGCACUCUGUGUGUGUCUUUGUUGGAAGUGUAUAGCCAAGCACAAAGGGAAUGAGCAACAAGCUAAGUUAUCACGGAUGGAAGAAGUGCAUAAAGUGGAAGAUAUGGUUACUGUAACCAUGAACCAAGCCAAGUUUGAAAAGCUACCCCUGUAUACUUAUGAAGCAUUGGCUAAUGCAACGGAUAAUUUCCACUCAAACAAAAUAAUAGGGAAAGGUGGCUUUGGUCCAGUCUAUAAGGGAAAGCUGUUUGAUGGCCUGGAAAUUGCAGUAAAGAGGCUUUCAAAUUCUUCAACUCAAGGGAUUGAGGAGUUUAUGAAUGAAGUCAUGGUUAUUUCGAAACUCCAACACCGGAAUCUCGUUAGACUUCUGGGCUGCUGCGUUGAAAGAGAAGAAAAAAUGCUAGUCUACGAGUAUAUGCCAAACAAAAGUCUAGACGCCUAUUUAUUUGAUGCCAAUAAACCAAACAUACUUGAUUGGAGAAGACGUGUGAUCAUUGUUGAGGGGAUUGGUCGAGCCCUCCUUUACCUUCACAGAGAUUCAAGACUGAAAAUUAUUCAUAGAGAUCUGAAAGCAAGCAACAUCCUCUUAGAUGAAGAGCUCAAGCCAAAACUAUCAGAUUUCGGUUUCGCCAGAAUUUUCGGAGGCAACCAAGAUCAAGCCAAUACUAACAGGGUCGCGGGGACAUAUGGCUAUAUGGCACCAGAAUAUGCAAUGGAAGGAAGAUUUUCUGAAAAGUCGGAUGUCUAUAGCUUUGGAGUGCUAUUAUUAGAGAUUGUUAGUGGAAGAAGAAAUACUACCUUCUAUAGUGAUGAGAAUGAGCUGAGCAUGCCAGGACAUGCGUGGAAGUCAUGGAAUGAAAAUGAAGCAGCAAAACUGAUAGAUCCCGCAAUAUUUGAUCUGGGCGCCAUAACAGAGAUGUUGAGAUACAUCCAUGUAGGAUUAUUGUGUGUGCAAGAAUCUGCAAAAGACAGGCCAGAUGUCUCUGCUGUUCUUUUAAUGCUUACUAGUGAAAUUUCAAAUCUCCCUCGCCCCAAAUUCCCAGCUUAUACUGGACGAAUAGGUUUCUCAGAAAAGUCUUCUCGACAAAGGGCUUAUUCCAUUAACGACAUAAGCUUAUCAUCUAUUGAAGGCCGAUAGCCCAGCACAGUGCAUAUUGUUUUUCAGCCACCAGUUUUUACCAUUCUAUGUACAAAAGCUGUUAAUCCACGACAUGAAGGACUCUAUCUAUUUUGGUAUCAACGUCGUUAAGGAAAAUAGUUUAUAAAUUGUUCCGCAUUUUAUAAAUCCCAUGAUCUCCUUUUUGUUUCCUGACAAUUUAUUCUUGUUCAUUCUGGUUUUCUGUUCUCAUUAUCUGGAUCCUUUAUUGUAUGUCAUCUCCAUUUUCAUCUUUUUGUUCUUA